CUUCCUUCUUAUCAGGACUCAUGUCUACACUGUCAAGCUGCCCUGGUGUGGAGGAGACCAGAUGUCACCCACCUCUUCCACAAUGAGGAGUAACAGAAGAGAGUUGGCAGAGGAGGGUGUCAAGUCCAGGGGCAGCCUCUCUGAAGGAUCAACAGUGACCCUCCCCCAGCUCCUCUCAUGAUCGAAAGACCAUAUGCCUGAGGCCAGCUGGGAUGGCAGCCCCCAAUGGCCAGACGGUGUUCACACACAUCCUGGUGGCCCUCUUUGCCAUGGGUUCCUGGAUUGCCAUCAAUGGGAUCUGGGUAGAGUUGCCAGUGCUGGUAAAGGACCUGCCUGAAGGGUGGAACCUUCCCUCCUACCUGUCAGUGCUGGUAGCCUUUGGAAACCUGGGACCACUGGCUGUAACACUGUGGGGUCGCCUGUCAAAGGGUGAACUGGGCCCAAUCCGGGCAGUUCAGGCCCUGGGUGUGGUGGGCAUGGCGCUGCUGGCUCCUCUGUGGUCCCAUGUGGUACCCAUGGCAGGGCAGCCCCAUGCUGUGGCCUUCCUAGCAUUAGCCUUUGCACUGGCCCUGAGCUGUUGUGCUUCCAACGUCACUUUCCUUCCCUUCAUGUCCCAUCUGCCCCCAUCCUUCCUCCGCUCAUUUUUCUUGGGUCAGGGUCUUAGUGCCCUGCUGCCCUGUGGGCUGGCUCUGGCCCAAGGUGUGGGCCGCCUAGAGUGCCAACCAGCCUCCUCUCCCAACCCUAGGGUUUCCACCUUGCAAUCCUCAUCAGGCCCCAAUGUUUCUGUCUCCCCUGGCAUCUCCCCAUCAGGCCCCAUGGUGCCCAUCUACUUUAAGGAGCACUUUUCAGCCAGCACCUUCUUCUGGGUGAUAACCAGCCUGCUUGCUAUCUCAGCAGCAGCCUUCCAGGGACUGCUGCUCUUGCUGCCAUCCACAAACACCACAGUUACCCCUAGGAAUGAAGGGGAGGGGCAGGGAGCCACCCCAGAGGAAGAGGCAUCACCACUUCGGGAGCCAGGAGAGGAGAUUGGGACACCUGAGCCAGAGUCAGAGGAAAGAGCCCAGGCUGCACUGAAGCUGUGUUCAGUCAGAGGAGCCUGCCUGCUGGGGCUGCUGGGGGCCACAAAUGCCCUGACCAACGGGGUACUGCCUUCUAUACAGAGCUAUUCCUGCCUGCCCUAUGGGCGCCAGGCCUACCACCUGGCUGUGGUGUUGGGAAGUGCCUCCAGUCCGCUCGCCUGCUUCCUGGCCAUGGCUGUCCUCUACAGAUCACUGCCUGGUCUGGGUGCCCUUUCACUGCUGGGCACCUUUUUUGGGACCUAUGUGAUGGUAUUGGCAGCCCUGAGCCCCUGUCCCCCCUUAGUGGGCACCUCUGCAGGUGUAGUCCUUGUGGUGCUGUCCUGGGUCCUAUGCCUGGGCACUUUUUCCUAUGUGAAGGUGGCAGUGAGCUCACUCCUGCAUGGUGGUGGCCGAGUUGCGCUGCUGGCAGCGGGCAUUGCAAUCCAGAUAGGUUCUCUACUGGGGGCUCUUGCCAUGUUCCCCACAACGAGCAUCUACCAGGUCUUCCACCGGAGCCAGGACUGUGUGGACAUGUGUAGCCCCUGAUGAUCCCUAAGGGGUUUGUUGAGAGUGCCCUUCCCUUCUCUACUCCCUACCCUCCCAGGAGUAAAGUAACUCCAUCGCUGCUGGAGCAACAUGUGCCUUGUUCCCUUAGUGGGUGAGGUGUUGUCCCUAGCACAAUUCCCAUCUCUCAGGGACAGACCAAUUGGCUUAGGUGCCACAGUGCACCCCUACCCCCCUGGAACCCUUUUCCCCAAUCAAAAAGAAAAAACAAACAAUCAGGCCCAAACCUUAGGAAUAGAGACUGAGGACCAAAGACAGGGAUUCUGUUGUUUUCCCUCCUGGGAGGCUUCCCCAUUGGCCCCCUCAGGUCACUUAUCCUCUUGGUCCUAGAACUGAACAAAGUUCAGCAAACCUCUCCAGAGACUGGCUGUGUACAAGGUCUUGGGCUGGGGAUUACAGAGAAGACAGCUGACAAUUCCUGGGCACGUGGGAGCAGGUGACACUCUACACAGUGUCCCUCAGACUCAGACCCCAAGUCCAGUUACAACUAUAGUUUUAGAAUAAAAGUUCUAUUUUCUAUCUGAGUGGGACUAAUCAGUGGGGGUCAAAUUCCUUUUUAGACUUUUCUGGAGUCCCCUUCCUCCCUUCACCCUCAGUCACUGGCCCAGGGAACCCUGUACUCAGCAGAGAGUACAGGCUUAUCUCAGCCUGCCUGAUAGCUGCAGCUUUGUGGGGUCCUGGAGGACAGGACUAUCUCAGGCAGGGCUUCAUGGGCUAAGGUCACUACCAGCCUAAAAUAGUCUUCCUCAUAAGCUUUCUGCCCAGAUCCAGAGAAAUUCAGAGGACAAAGUGGUAACCUCCAGGGCAGGGUGUGUCCUGUCACUGAGGAGGACAUGGCUGGUCACAAGACCACCAUCCUGGUGCCCAGCACCUGGUGUCCUCCCUGGCCUGAGCCUCCCUCCUUUCUAUGUCCCCAGACUGAGCUGUAGGGAGAGCGUUAAUUACACUGUGCUUUGUCUGGCUGUGGGGGGUCCAGCCUCUGCUUAUUGUUCUCUGAGGAAAGGCUGUCUGGGAACUUCCUAAGGUUCCCUAUAACUGACCUUGCAGUCUCUAUCCACACUGCCUUUGAUUUGGCCCUGAGCCCUACCCAUCCGUACCUCCCAGAGUCCACUAACUACCACAACCCCUGCCUCCUCUUAGUUUAUGGCGCCCAUAGUCUGACCUUCUUCCAAGGCUGUUUCCUGAAAGCCUCAUCUCUCCCUGUCCUCCCCAGCAAGAGGCCCUUGGGAAGGCAACCUCUGAGGGCACUUAGUCCAGCUUCUCUCAUUUUACAGAAGGGAGAAGGGAAAGGUCAGUUAGUGGUAGAGCUUGGGGCUCCAGCCCAGGUCCUCUGGCUCCAGAUGCAGUGCUCCACCUUCUCAAAGAAAGGGCCAGUGUGCUCAUUUUCCUUCACAAAUCACUGAAGAAGUAUGUUUGGUUCCGGAUUGGAAAGACACAAGUUACAGGCUGUUGGCCUAGGGAACCUUGCCCCAUGCAGUCUUCUCCAUUCUGUCCUUCACACCAUUGCCAGGCUUAUCUUCCUCAGAGAAAUCUGUUUUUUUAAGUCACAACUCUGCUAAAAAAAAAACACUGAAAUGGUUCCCUACCUUCUGCCAAAUAAAAUUCAAAUUCUUUUGCCUGGGUUCAAAUUUCUCCACAACCUGGCACCACCCUCUCUUUCCAGCCUUUUCCCCUGCUACUCUACUCCAUACUAUGCUCUAAGCCAAACUGCAUAUCUCUGCCUUUAUGGUCUCCCACCUCCAGGCUUUCCUUCAGGUUCUUUCUUAUGAUGUCCUGCUUCUUCCUUUUGUCUUGGUGAAUUUUACUCACCCUUUAAGACCCUGGUCAAAUGCCCGAUUAUCCAGAAUGCUUUCUCAGAUCUCCCAGGCAGUCGUUAC